CCAGGAGUUCCGACUGCUCAUCUUUCCAGAAAAGCGUCGUUAAAUUUAGGCUCAUACAACUUCUUGUGCAAACUGUCUCCAGGUAUUUUCACACGUUUUAAAUAAAACUGACUUUCAGCAUCUGAGAAGGGGUGAAAGAUUGUUCCAUCCGCACUGCUCAGCUGCAGUGGUCAUUUCACCCAGAUGUCUUUGUCGGACACCUGAGGAUGCAGAGCCCCAGAUCAGGAAGCGAGUUGGAGUUCCUUGUGUUUUCCCACCAUGCACACUUUAAUAACCCUAACUUGAGCACAAUUUGUGGGCCAACCAAAGGCUCACAUCAUAUGACUGGAGGACACAUGCCAAAUGCUAGCUGGGAGAGAAGAUGUAUGAGGAAGCAGAGAAGGAGGACAGAUGAUGGAAGCUGCAGUGCAAAAAGGCGAAAGCUGAUGGGAGAGGAAGAAGCAGAUGAAGCUGAGCAACCAACUCCUAAAGUGAGCCGGGGAUGGUCUGUGGACUCCAUCGCCCCUUCUCCUUCCACAGAGUCCAGCUUGGUUCAGCGUCAGACUGAACCCAGGGCAGUGCAGAGAAGUCUGCACUUUACAGCCUCUCCUUCCCCAAUACGCAAAGUUCAUACAGAGGGGUCAGGCAUGGAGGUAGAGGCUGCUCAAAGGAGACUGCAGGAGAUAGAAGAUAGCAUAACUUUGGAAGAUGACAGUGAUGAGGAGGAGUUGGAUGUUGAACCAGCUCAGCGCAGACCAGUGCUGGUGUUAUCUGACAGCUUGAGGGAGGGGCUUCAGCGAGGGAUUGCUGACAUUCUGCCCCAUACAGUAGCACAGUCAAUGAACCACUCUUGUAUGGAACUGGUGUUAUGGCGCCCCCCAGAGGACCCUAUCACCCAGAGGCUAAAAGACACAUUACAAAGGCAGCAGCGCAAGCAGCUGGCAGCAAACAGACAGACCCCUACACCUAUACCGUCGGUCAGCAACCCUCUCAGCCCCCCGUCCCAGCCCCAGUUCACAGCAGCCAAUGAGCAAACUUUCAGUCCCCUGUUCAGCAGCCCUUCGGUCCUUAACUCUGGAGAAGAAGACAUGGAGUUGUAGGGAAAUCUAUAAACAAUUUGUAGUCAGAGUGACUCGUAGUAUCCUUUGUAUGAAAUACAUAAAAUGAAGAAUUGCACAGGGGUAAAAUGAAAUUUGUUUGUGCCAUGCUCGUUUUGUUUUGUUUGUUUCAACCCACACAUUGGCCAUCUAAAUUAACUUUGUGGUUGGGACCAUACUUGCACUAGUUAACAUGAGAACUACUACCCUAUGUGAACAUGGUCCGUCUAAUCUUUUCUUUCCUGCGGUACAUUGGUUAAAUGUGCAGUUAUAUUUUUAGAUUCAAUGCAUAGAUUAAAGUAUUCUGUUUGCUGUUAAUAUCCCUUUGCCAUUCAUAUCUAAGCUUGGAGAUUUGGGUGCUGAAUAUAUUGUCUUAAUACCAAGUUAAUGAUAUUGCAGUGUACUAGUAUAAGACACAGAUUCAGGAUGUUUGAUUUGUGACAAACUGCCAUACAUGGAUUAUUUACGUUGUGAACAGGCAAAAACCUGUGAGUCAAUUUUAUUUUGAUAUUCAUUUUGAUGGCCAUAUUGUUUUGAUAAGUAUAACAGAAUAUUUGGUGGAUGUUGAUGAAUUUCAAUAUUUUUGAUUGUCUUAGAGCCAGGAGAGACUCAUGAGUGGUCUUGGACUGAAUGUGGGAAACUGCUCUAAUAAUAGUUGGUUUAACAAUGACCCAGUUGAUUUUAUUUCAGCUGUCUAAUAUUAGCCCAAAAAUGAUACAACAUAUUGUUGGAGAUAAAAAAUGCAUAGGCGUGCACCAAUCUGUUUUUGGUUAAUAUAACCUGGUUCUGUUUAAACACACUGCAAAAAAGAAUUUCUUACUAAUACUUAUAGUAUUUUUGUCUUGUUUUUCUUAAAUUAAGAUGUAUUUUCUUAAUGAGCAAAAUUACCUAGGAAAAUAAGUCUAAUUUUUAGAUUAAAAAAAUUAAAAUUUAAGCCAAUUUGUGCUUAAAACAAGCAAAAAAAAUCUUUUUUUAAGAAACUUAUUUUAAGAAGACUUUUAUAGUUUCAUUUUGCUCAUCAAGAAAAUACAUCUUAGUAAGAAAGUCUCCCCAAAAAGUAAAAUAAGAUGGGAAUCCAUUUGGCAUUUUUGCAGCUUUUGUGAAUGAUAAAUUUUGACCAAACUCAAAAUAAAAAUAUGUAAAUAAAUUUGAUUGUACCACAUUAUAAAAAGUUGACCUCAUAAAAAUGUUUUAAAAAAUCA